CUUAUGUACAACAACGCGGGUUUUUCGAAGAGAAAGGCAGACUGCCUAGGUCAGCUAAACUUAGGUACUUUUUAACCAACAAUUCAGCUGCACAGUUUGUAUACACUAUCUUUUCACAACUAUGUAGGCUUUGAAUGACACGCGCAUACAAAAAAGGAAAGCAUGGGCACGGUUGAAGUAUUUGGCGUGUGGUCAGUUGUUGUCCUGCUAACUAACAUUAGCCAGCUGUUUAUCAGUUAGCUCGCGAACAAGAUGGUUUAGUGGCGGUACGGGUCGUUUUUCUUUGCUGUAUCUUUGUGAGUGGGGGUUUCUAGUGCACAUACAUAGUAUGUGUACCCUGUCCUGCAGUCAUUCGAUAUUAUUGGACUUAUUUGGGUUCGCCUGCGCCUUUGUACGGCACACACAGUAGCUCAGGUCCGGGAGCGCCAUAAUGGCAGGGGCUAUUACAAUGUCAUCUGUCAUUGAAGACUUUGAAACCCAGCCAUCCAAGAAGCGCAGAAAAGACAGCGAUGCAGCAGGAGUCAAGACAAUCACCAACUACUUCUCACCAGUGGCCAAAGUGGCGGAGAAGCCAUUCUCCCCACCACGCUCCAACAACAUUGCGGAUUAUUUCAAAAAGACCCCUCCCGUUUCAAAAGUCACCAGUCCGCAAACUCAGCCCAAGGAGAAUACGGUUCCUCCACCAGAAACGGCCCCUGCUUCUGCUGCCACUUCGGACCCCACCGUCAGUAAACGAGCCAAGGCCCAAUCUAAAAAGCCCGGUAAGAAAGCUGGACGAUCUGUCAAAAAGUCUUUAGCGUUGAACCCCACUGGGACUGGUGAUGAAGAGGUGGGGGGGGUGGAAAGCAAAGUUCAGUCACAAAGCCAGCCAGCUGACACUGCUGUGCCUGCAGAGGGCACAGAGAGCACAGUGGCAACAGUUGACAACAAAUGUAAGACUGUGGGAAAAGAACAGAAGGCGGAUAAAAACAAUCCCAUGGAUAAUGUGACUCCUAACGCUAAGAAAGCUGCAGCUCUGGUAGAGUCCUCCGAAAAUCAAACCCUCUCUGCGAGGAUGGACUCUGAGAUGCUAGACGGUGUCGUUCCCCUCGGGACUGUCACGCCCGAGGAGAAGGGGAAGAAAGCUAAGGCUGUAAAAAAGGCUGGCAGAAAAGGAAAGACUAACCAGGUGCAGAAGGAUGUCACAGGGAUGCAGGAGGGCUCUGAGCAACAGCAGCCACAGCCUGAGCCGCCGUCAGAUGCUGUUCCAGAGAUGGAGGAAAGCGAAGAGACUCAGCUGAACCUCAGCACUGUCACCGUCUCCUUUUCGGACUUCUUGAAGAAUCACAGUCCCAAGGGGGCAGAACGACAGCAAAGGCAGGAUGGGCAGGAGUUAAUGGAGAGUACAGACGCUGCUGAGAGCAGGCUAAGUCCUCAGGCUCUUGACCAAGACACUGACCGUCUGAGUGUUGCCAAACUUUCAGAGGACCAGCCACCCACUCAGGUGUCUCCCCGCACCCUCACCGUCCUGGCGGAAAUCCACCCCAUCUCCCCUGACCAGGAUAUCUCCAAGGCCUUGGGUCAAAAAGUGGCCUCCAUCUUUACCACCUGUCGGAAGACAAAAGACAAGCCUGUGACCCCUCCCCAGCCCCAGGCAAGCUCAGAGCAGCCGCCACCACCACUCCAGGCACCCCCGAGGAAGUCCAACGUGGUUCUUCAGGAGGAGGACCUAGAGCUGGCUGUUCUGGAGUCCUCUGCGCCCAAGUGCAGCCAGGCUGAGAGGAAGCAGUUCAUGAACGCCUUCAAGCAGGCGGGCGUGGACGCAGCCAAGGGCAAACCUGCCAAGGCAGGAAAACAGAAGCAGCAGCCAGCAGAGAGUGCCGCUCCAACAGAUGGUGAGAAAGAAGAGGGGGAGAAGAAAGAGGAGGAGAACGAGAAGACCGGGGUGAAGGCGAACGCAAAGUCGAAGAGGAAGAAAGGAGGGGCUGGGGAGGAGGAUGACGACGACACGAAGGCAGCAGAAGGGCCAAAAGGUGCUACUCAACAAGUGGCUGGGGGUAAGGCCAAGUCGAAGAGGAAGAAAGGAGGGGGUGGAGGUGGGGCUGGGGAGGAGGAGGAUGGCGACGACACCAAGGCGGCGAUAGGGCCAAAAGGUGCUACUCAGCAAGUGGCUGGUGGUAAGGCCAAGUCGAAGAGGAAGAAAGCAUUUGCUGAGGCUGAGGAGGAGACCGAUUCCAAGGCGGUGGUAGAGCCAAAAGUUGCUACUCAACAAGUGGCUGCUAAAAGAAAGCGUGGGAGAGCGAAAAAGGACCAGAAGGAAAAUGUUCCUGAGGAGCCCACCACGGCAGUCGCCACCCCUGCGGAGAGCACCGCUGUCGUCGUUCCCCCUGCAGAGUCUGAGGCUCCUGCUGUGGUGAAGGAGGAAGGUGAGGACAACCAGCCCAGUGGGGACCAAACCACAGCCUCUGAGACCAGGAGGAGGUCCACUCGAGAAUGUUCAAAGAAGCAGAGUCCCCCAGCUUCUCAGCUUACCGUCAUCUCGGAGUCAGAGUUCAACAACGCAGUGAACUCCAGUGAAGCACAAGAUCCCUCUGGUGUGCCCUGCACACCCAGAACACGCUACUCCAAGCGAGGGGUCUUCAAGUCCCACAUGCUUGCACCUCCAGAUGACAAGGGAAGCCCCAUUAGAAUGAAGUUUACACGAGUGUUUACAAGCCCAGGAGAGACGAGUGAAUUUGAGAUCUUGAGCCCUCUGGCAAAGGAGGGUGUUAAGAAAAGGAAGAAGGCCCAGAAGCUGGUGCAGAAGGCCAAAGCUCGUCAGCAGAGCAAACGAGCUGUGGCCACAGAGGAGAAGGCAGCGACAUCACCACCGCCACGCCGAUCAUCACGCUGUCAGGACAUAGCCAAGAAGAACUACUGUGAACCUGAGGACUCUGUAAUAUGUUUGGAUGAGGAUGAGAGCACAUCCCCCAACAAAGCGGAGGAGCCCAAAACCAAAACUAAGAAGCAGGUGCGCAGCUUGAAUGACGUUCUGGGGAAGAAUGCUCCUUCCACCAAGGUCGCCAAAACGGCAGCAGCGGGGCCGGGGAAUAAAGUGGCCCCUGUCUUCCUGGGCAAGAAACCCCAGAGGCAGUCAAUUACCUCAAUAUUUGAUGAGAGCAGCCAUGACGCCUCGGACGCGUCUCAGGAUGACGAGAAGUUCCGUGCACGGAGGGAGUUCCUGAAGAGCGGGCUGCCUGAGUCCUUCAAGAAGCAGAUCGCCAAGACGGCAGCCACCAGAGAGGCAUACACGCUCUCCUGCACCUCCUUCCAGGGUGUUGUACAUGUGCUGCAGAGACCAGAGGAAUGUCCCCUGUGGAGUCUGCCCUGGCCUGAGUGUCCACAGCUGAGCUGUUUGAAGGAGGCGAUGGUGGCUAUGGUAUCCAGCCCUCCUCAGCCUGUAGUGGGGAAACUAAGCCUCAGCAUCAUGCCUGCUCGGAGGAGCUGCAGAGACCAGGUCGUGUCUGGCUGGAGGGAGGAGCUAUCUGAGGAGGUGCAGCGCUGGCUCCUGGAGGAGAUCACUGCAGCCAACCCCUCAUUCCCCUCCCAGCGCCUCCUCACACAGCUGCUCAAGAGGCGCGCUGAGCACCUCCUCAAGCCUACCGCUACAGAGGGUGAUAGUGUGUCCAAGGCGACAGGUGAGGUGAAGGACCUGCAGCCAUUGGUGGGCAAGAGGAAGCGCGAAGAGGACGAGGAGCAGGAUGCUGCUACAGAGAAGGGAGCCAAGAGACAACGGGCCAGCCGGAAAGAGACCGGGACCACCUCCAGCACGAGCCCAGGGGAGGCCCCAGGGCCACCCAGGAGGGGCAGAGGGGGGCGAGGGCGGGCAGCACGCAGACAACAGCAGGAGGAAGAGGUGGAGGCGCCAGCGGCAGAGGAGACCAAACCAGCUGUGGCAUCCACCCCUGCUGCCCCACAGAAGGCUAAUGGGGCUGUGGUGGACAGUCUGUUGUCCUCGGAGCACACGAGCACAGAGGAUGUGGCCAGGGAGGACGUCAUGUGGACAGAGAAGUAUCAGCCUCAGCACUCGAGUGACGUGGUCGGCAACAUGCUCUCUGUCAGGCGGCUGCACAGCUGGCUGAGAGAAUGGAAGCUGAGGGCCGACCACGAGGAGAGGAAGAAACAACAGGAGAGGAAAUCAGUAGAGGACUGCAAUGAGUCGUGGAUGAGUGAGUGUGGAGAGGGCGUGGAGGAGGACCUGCUGUGUAACACCCUGCUCAUCACCGGCCCCACUGGAGUGGGCAAGACAGCCGCUGUCUACGCCUGCGCCCAGGAACUGGGCUUCAAGGUGUUUGAGGUGAACUGCUCGUCUCAGCGCAGCGGGCGGCAGAUCCUGUCCCAGCUGAAGGAGGCCACGCAGUCACACCAGGUGGACAUCCAGGGAGCCAACGCCCUCAAACCCACCUUUUUCAGCAACUUCUCCGGCAGCGCUGGAGGAAGCGGAGGCAGCGGCACCAGACCAGGCUCCUCUCCCCGCAAAGUGAACUCUCCUAGACGGGUGGUGUCCUCCCCGCACAAGCCUCCCCAGUCUCCGCGGCGGGGGCCCACCAAGCGCGGCUCCCUGGCCCCCACCUCUCUGGCCAACUUCUUCAAAAUGGGCAGCAAGCCGACGCCAACUAAGGACACUGGAGCUGACGCCAAGCCACUACAGCCAGCGUGCAAGAGCCCUCGCAAGAGAGCCAAGUCCAAGGCCGACGACCUCUCCUCUCCACCAGCAGUAGCACCAAGCACUAUAACGCCACCAGCAACAGUCACCCCACCAGUGACAUCAGCACCAGCCCCAGCCCCAGCCCCUGCUGCGUCCAAGGCCCAGGGAGAGGAGCAGGGCAAGCGGACGGCCACGUCGCUCAUCCUGUUUGAGGAGGUGGACGUCAUCUUUGAUGACGACUCCGGCUUCCUGGCCGCCAUCAAGACCUUCAUGAGCACCACCAAGAGGCCCGUCAUCCUCACCACCAGCGAUCCAAUGUUUAGGACCUCAUUCGAUGGCUACCUCGAAGAAAUUCACUUUGACACUCCCUCCGUGACGGACCUGAGCAGCUACCUGCGUCUGCUGUGUGUGGCGGAGAGUGUGCGAGUGGGUGCGGAGGACGUGGCGUCCCUGCUGCGCUGCACUGGGGGGGACGUCCGGCAGUCUCUGCUGCAACUGCAGCUCUGGAUACGCAGCGGAGCCUCUGGCCCCCGCGCAGGCCUACCCACACUCACAGGCACCCAGGCAGUGCAGGAGAGUGAGAGUGUGGCAACUGCUGAGCAGAAUGGCAAGCCUGACCUUCCCCCCUGUGAGAGUAACUGUACCAGCAGUCUCCUUGGCCUCCUCAACAUUCAACAGCAGGGCAGCCUGCCUGAUUUCUUAAAGGGUGAGUCUGCCAACCCGAUCUGCUGGGAUCUGCUGGUUGAAGCCGGGAGGACAGGCCACAACCUGCUCUACUCCAACAUGGAGGCACUUCUCCCACUACCCACACGCUUGCUCGCGCUCUCCCUCUCCAUACCAUCAGCACACAAGACUGAGCCAGACCAGGCUGCCCCUGACCCAGCUCCAGCCUCUGCAAUCGCUCCCCUCCCUCUCCAGCCUGGCACUCCCAUCCCCAACACUAAGCCUUCUCAUCUGGUGGACACUGAAGACGAGGCCAGUCCUCUCAAAGUCUCCUCCCGGAUGAGGCAGAAGAAGCAUACCCAUGCAGAGAACAGGGGCCCCUUCCAGUCCGACUCGGACUCCGACGACGGCUUCCUCUCCCUGGCCAGGCCUACCUCCACCUCUGCACACACGUCGGUGGAGCCUCCACCUGUUGUGAAGCCCCCCGUCGUGAGACGAAGAGUGAAGCUGACUGAAGCGGAACGGAAGGCCGGUGUCCCAGUGUCCUCGGCUUUGGGAGCCAUGGCUGACUUCCUGGACCACAUGUCGUACCUGGACGCCUCUUUGCUGUGCCCGGCGUCCCAGGUGACGAUAGAGGGCGGCUGUAGCACACCCUCUGCUGAGUACGGCUGGGCUCCGACUGAGAUCCGUAGCGGGCUGACGGACGAGGCCCGGGUGGAGUGCGGCGCCGGCGGGCGGGCGGGUCGCCACUGGGCCAUGGAGGAGCAAGGGAGGGAGAUCCGGGCGGCAGUGGAGAGCCUGAGCUUCGGGAGGUGCAGGGCCCGGGUGGAGCUAGCCUGGGGGGCCGUGCAGGCUCUGCAGGAGGUGGAGGAGGAGGGAGUGAGGAAGAUGGCGCUGGAAGAGAUCACUCUCCCCGUGGCCCCUCAUAGACAGGCCUUCAGCAUCAUGCCGCAGCACGCAUUGUGCCAGCCGGGGUCAGUCCAGCGGAGGAGUGAGCUGAUGAGGAGUGUGUGUAGCUCCAGAGUGGGCAGCAGCAGGCCUGCGGUGGCCAUGGACCUCCUCCCAGCCCUGCGCACCAUCUGCAGAUCAGAGCAGCUCAAGGAGCAAGGCAAAAUCAAACGGAGAUUCCUGCACUACCUGGAUAGCAUUAACCUUGGUCUUCCAAAACAAACUCUUCAGCUUCUGGCGUCUGACUUUCAAUGAACUGUGUCUGUGUCUCUGUUUGGUGUGUGUGUGUGUGUGUGUGUGUGUGUGUGUGUGUGUGCGCGCGCGUGUGUGUGUGUGUGUGCGUGCGUGUGUGUGUGCGUGCGUGUGUGUGUGUGUGUGUGUG